CAGGGAGGGAGCCCGGGGGGGCGGCCUCUCAAUCCGGAAAAGGAGGAGGAAGCAGUCUCCUCCUCCUCCCGGCCUCCAGCCUCGCCUUGGCUGGCCUGGCAAGAAGAAGAGCAGCAAGGUUUUGCAAUCAUGGCUGAGCCAAAGAAAAAGCGCAUUUUGGUGACAGGCGGAUCAGGACUCGUGGGAAGGGCCAUCGAGAGAGUGGUAGCGGAUGGGGAAGGCCGAUCGGACGAGGAGUGGAUUUUCGUGUCCUCCAAGGAUGCUGACUUAACGAAUGCUGCAGAGACCAAAGCGCUCUUUGAGAAACACAGGCCCACCCACAUCAUUCACUUGGCUGCCCUGGUGGGAGGCCUUUUCCGGAACAUCAAGUACAACCUCGAUUUCUGGCGAAGGAAUGUGCACAUCAAUGACAACGUCUUACACUCGGCGUACGAGUCCGGCGUUCAGAAAGUUGUCUCCUGCCUUUCCACUUGCAUAUUCCCUGACAAGACCACCUACCCAAUUGAUGAAACCAUGAUCCACAACGGUCCUCCACAUAGCUCAAACUUUGGCUAUUCCUAUGCAAAGAGGAUGAUUGAUGUCCAGAACAGGGGUUAUUUUGAACAAUAUGGAUGUCGCUUCACUGCCGUCAUUCCCACCAACGUCUUUGGGCCUCAUGAUAACUACAACAUUGAGGACGGCCAUGUUCUACCAGGACUCAUCCACAAAGUAUACUUGGCAAAGAAAAACGGCACAGCCCUUACAGUCUGGGGAACAGGAAAGCCUAGGAGGCAGUUCAUUUACUCUCUGGACUUGGCACGGCUGUUCAUCUGGGUAUUAAGGGAGUAUGACGAAGUAGAACCCAUCAUUUUGUCUGUUGGAGAAGAAGACGAAGUCUCCAUACGGGAAGCAGCAGACAGCAUCGUGAAGGCCAUGGACUUCAAGGGAGAGCUCCUUUUCGACACAACCAAGUCUGAUGGGCAGUUCAAGAAAACAGCCAGUAACAAGAAGCUGAAGACAUACCUCCCAGAUUUCAAGUUCACACCAUUUGAGCAAGCUGUGAAGGAAACUUGCGACUGGUUCUGUGCCAACUAUGCCAUCGCCAGGAAAUGACAAAAAGGAACGGAGGUGGUGUAAUUCCAGCCAUUUUGCAUCAAGACUCAGGUCAUCUUUUACUGGAGCAAAAGAGAAAAAAAGGACCAUUUGGGGCAUUGGAACAGAAGACUGCAAACAACACUUUUUCUUCCAAAUGCAGGGGUGGCAGUAGAGCUUUGAAAAAUGGAGCAGCUUACUACUGCAUAGCCUUUGUGUCUUGGGUGGUGGGCUUAUGUUUCCUUGCUGUAAGCAAUUACUUGAAAGAGUGGCUUUGGGUAAUCUUGAAAAGUGAGGAGUGGGUUGACUGGCUCCGCCACUGUUUACAUGUCAAAUAGUCACACUGUCCUCCCAUGCCCUUUUUCUAGAGCAAACUACUUUGCCCAAACCAUCUACUUUUGGGAAGAGUCCUCUAACCUGAAGCCAGUGCAGUGAGAGGAACUAUUUUAGUGCAGGGAUCCUUAUAUUUUGCUAGCUUGCAUUUUCACCCUUGUUACCUGUUUUUGUCAAAACCUCAAAAACAAAUACUUGAAAAGACUCUGGACUGUUUCAGAAUCCCUGUUAUUUAGAGCACUGGGGCACAAAGUCUUUCCUUCCUCCUGAUUUCAUACAAUUUAGCUGCUAGCAGUCAGGAGAGAUCUGCAUUCUGGAUGAUGGAGAGAAAAGUUUGUUCUCUUCACCAGAAAGCCUCAUGCAGAUUGCUUGUUUCUUGCCAGGGCAGGACAGAGCUUGGAAGAAGACUGCUUUUUGUGGUGUAACUCUCAGAACCCUCCAGCUCACAUAGCCACUUGCUGGGUGUUGUAGUCCAAAAAGACAGGGUUACGGGCAGAGUGUAGAGGAAAGAGGAUCAGGUGGGCAUGAAUGUAUACCUUUCUUAGAAGGGGCAGAGCAGGUGCAAACCACAGAAAGGCAGGAGUAGGUUUGUGUGCAGAAAUUCCCAUCAUCUCCUGCUCAAAAGGUUGUAGCCUGCAAGGGACAAACAGACUUCAUUAACUCUGAAUCAACAUUGUAUGGGUUAUCGUCAUGCAGUUGUGGGUCUGGGCUUGUAAAGUUGCACUAACCUUCCGUGGGGAAACUGUUUUAAGUGUUUGUGUCCUUAAAAGCAAACUCUUAAGUUAGUACUGAUGAUCAUUUUUGAAGAUCUUGUUUGUGAAAAGGAGUGGAAGUUAGCUAUGUACUUCAAGAGGGAAAGGCACAGGUUCCCUUUCUUUUAAUUCAGCAAGCCAGUUGCUUAUUCCUCCUCCCCCCAUCUCACUUUCUCUUGAGCCAAGGAAACCACUGUAAAUCAAAUUCUUCAAUAAACUUGUCCUUUCUUAUUCAUA